GCGACAAAGCGUCUCUCUCGCACUGUUUACAAGCAGCCGCGCUGGGAAGGAUCCGAAAGCGACCUCAGGGGGCGGGGUCGUGGGAGGAGGCGCUCGGGAUUGGCGGGCUCUUCGCAAGGCAGGGCUCGGCUGCCCCGCUGCCCCUUCUUCCCAGGAGGCGAGUUCUUCGAAAGGCAAGCUCCGGGUUCCUAAUUUCCGUCCUCUGUUAGGCGCCUCUUUCUGGCGUGGUGGUGGAGGGAGGCUGGUGAAUCUGACUGAGCUGUGAAGGAGCCGCGCUGCACUUGUCAGGAUCCGGACCCAACAGUCUUUCCUCCUCACGUUUGCUGCUUGCUGCAAACACAACCUGGCUGUUCGGAGGAUAGAGAGAGAGGAGUUGGCUUGGUUCCUGAGACUCUGGCUGCUGCAUCGUUACGUGGCGGAGUGGGUAUGAGAAGUUUGCAACCGGUUCUGCAAUGAGCAAGCAAGCUCUGCAAAACAAGAUGCCACCGGAGUUUAGAAACAUGUGCGUCCUCCUGCCAAACCGAGACCAGCUCAAUGUGAUGGUUGGGGUAAAAGCCACUGGACAGGAACUCUUCGAGCAAGUUUGUGACGCACUGAGAAUUAAAGAUCCUCACUUCUUUGGCAUCAGUGUUGUAAAAAACAAUGAAUAUGUAUUCAUUGACCUGGAGCAGAAGCUUUGCAAAUAUUUCCCAAAGGAGUGGAAGAAAGAAGCAAGCAAAGCAACAGAGAAGUUCAGCCCUCCUUUGGUUGCUUUCUUCAGAGUACAGUACUAUGUUGAAAAUGGGCGGGUUAUAAGUGACAAAGUAGCACGCCAUUACUACUACUGCCAUCUUCGGGAGCAAGUGUUGAGGUCCCGGUGCACUGACAAAGAAGAAGUCUACUUCCUGCUGGCUGCUUAUGGCCUGCAGGUUGACGUGGGGGACUUCCAGGAGAACUUCCACCGGGGGAACUACUUUGAACCUCAGACUUACUUCCCACAGUGGAUUAUUGCAAGGCGAGGGAGUGACUAUAUUCUGAAGCACGCUCCAGAGAUGCACCGGGAACAGCAAGGCCUGUCUACGAGGGAAGCCAUUCUGAAGUACGUCAAGGAGUCCUGCUUGCUGGAAGAUGUGCCUGUCCAUUUCUACAGACUGCAGAAGGACAAGAAGGAGGAUCGCCCAACCAUCAUUUUGGGCCUGACUCUUAAAGGGAUGCACAUCUAUCAGGAGGUGAACCAUGUUCGCCAGCUGCUCUAUGACUUCCCCUGGUCACACAUUGGGAAACUUGCAUUUCUGGGGAAGAAGUUUGUAAUCCAGCCUGAUGGUUUGCCUUCAGCCCGGAAGCUGGUUUACUACACAGGGUGCCCUUUCCGGUCUCGGCAUUUGCUGCAGCUGCUCAGCAACAGCCACCGUGUGUUUCUUAACAUCCAACCCAUCCUUAAGCAGAUCCAGAUGCUGGAAGAUGCAGAAGAGAAGAAACGAUAUCGGGAAUCCUACAUCAGUGACACAUUGGAGAUGGACCUUGACCCAUCCGACAAGCAUUCGCACGGCAGUGGAAGCAGCAGAGGAAGUGAGAAGAACAACCGUCUGUCUCGACAGUCGACCGACAGCCAUGGCAGCUCUCACACGUCGGGCAUUGAGGCCGACUCAAGGCAUCGGAUUUCAGUGGAGAUGUCGGUGGAUGAGCCCUUUGGGAUGGAUCGGGUUCAUCGGAAGGAGAAGUCCUGCAGCUCAAACAUCAGCUAUGGAAGCUCUGGCAUUGAUAGCGGUGGCAAAGAGAGAGCUGAAGAGGACUCUCAGGAUGAUGAAGUUGAAUUGGCAGUGGAUGAGUCGGAAGAGGUGCCUGUGGAUGAGCCUCAGUUAGAGGACGUCAUACAUGGAAAACCUGUAGAUUCGCUUGCAAAAGAUGGUGUUUGCUGCCAGGACACAAAUCCGAACCAUCUUUCAGUAGUGCAAGUCACAUUAAUCAAGGUCAGAGGCCAGAGUGAGGAAUCGCUUCGCCAGCUUGCACAGCCCAAAGCUAUGAAGUGCCCGGACCAGCACAGCCAUAGUCUAGAUGACAUCCGCCUUCACAAGUAUCUUCAUCCUCCACUAAGUGCCACAUUAUCUUCAGAUACCUCACACAGCUAUACGUUUGGUUGCGCCUUAGAGGAUAAGCUGGCCAGCUAUGGAUGUGUUUAUUCAACAGCCGACUGCAAAACCAAGUCUGCCCUCUAUGGGAAGAGGUCCAUGAACUGCCUGUCUCUGGAUCUCUUGGGGGAAGAUCAGCUCCCAGAGGAAUUUGUGGUGUAGACACACACGAGAAGCUUUCGGACCAUCUUGCCAAAGGUCACCUACAAAAAAAGAAAAAGAAAAAGGAGUGACUGCUGUUCUGAUGGGAAAUGGAUACUGAUUUUACCUCAUCGUGUGGGAUCCUUUCCUUAUUGUUGCCCUCUCUGGUUUGUCAUUGUUGUUUGAUCCAGCAGAUCUGAUCAAACUGCAUAGCAUUAAAGCAUAGCAUUUAAAAUGCUAUGAUUCCAGACUGGAUAACUGAGGAACGCUUCAGGAUAAUUGUUCAGGAACAAUUUUCUUACUGAAAACAAAAAAAUGAAGACCAGCAGUGGGCAAAAAACUGAACGUAUUCUCAGGACCCGGAAAUAUUUGCCUCCUGUUUUCCAAACUCUGGUCCAAUUUUCACCACUUUUUCUUCACACUGCUUCAGUAUGUGUAAUCCUUAGGGAUGUUGUUUUCCUAAAAUGUGUCUCCAUCAACUGUCUGCCAUGCUCAAGCCUCUGCUGCCAUUUGGCAUCAUAAGGAGCAGAAUCUUGUCUUCUGUUAAAUGCAGUUUUCCUCUCCCAUGCCACUUGUCAAGUAGCAGUAUUGGAAAGAGUCAGAUAUCAUAUCUGAAACAUAUCUGUGACACAUGCCCCUCCAACUGUUUCUUGAAGAAAGAGAGGGGCAGCCCCAGAGGAGAGGCAGAAUCUCAAAGCACUACCUCAAAAUGUAAAUUUGCCCAACACGUUUGGAUUAAAAAACCCUCUUAUGCCUUUAUCUAGUAAAGGACCAUAGCAGCUUUGCUAGAUCAAGGUGAAUGCUCUUUGCCCAAACAUGUAUAUUUACUCACAUCUAUCAGACAUAUUUAUAUCACCAAUAAAUCUUUUGGAGGGUGUAAUGUCACUUCCAGGCUAUGCCUUUCCUUAUUUCUUUUGCAACCAUUUCUUGAAAACUGCCUGGUUAGCCCACUGUGCAUCAUUCUUGGGGACAUGUAGCAUUGGUACAGUAUUGCUCACAGAGUGCUGAAUUGUGCCACAAAACAACAGUGUGAAAAACGGAGGCAAGAUGUCACACAAUUUGUGGAAAUGGCAUAGAGGUCAUUGAUCAGUAAGUUCUGUAGGGACAGGAAUUUCCCAGAAUUGUACAGGCAUGGUUGAAGUUCCCAUGCAGGUCCAUGUUCAUAUGCAGGUCACAGACAAUGAGACAUAGGUCAGCUUAAACUUUGGAUGGUUUUGUAUGAAAGGGAAGAAAUAGUUGGCCCAUUUGAUGGAGUGCCAAUAAGUGCUGGGUAAUGAAGACCUCCUCAAGGGGGGGGGGGGUACAAUUUUGCAUGGUGUGGAAAAAGAGUGUGAGACGUUCUUCUCCCUGUCUCAGUAAUGAGAACGCAGCCCAUUCCAAUGAAGCUGGAUGUUGGGAAAUUUAGAGAAGACCCAAGGAGGCACACACAGUUGUUUUCAACUAGGGCUGGCCAUCAACUUGCAUGGCUUUAAAGGGGGAUGAGGCAGCUACUUGUCAUGAUGGCUAUGUACCUACCUCCCCUGUUGGAGGCACUAUCCCUCUGACUCCUGGUUUCUGGGAAUCACAAGUGGGAAGAGCUCUGCUGCACUUAACCUCAUUGCAGCCUUCCCACAGGCAUCUGAGAGAACUGGCUGCUGGACUAGAUGGUAGGACUUUUCUUACAUUCUCGUGCUGAAUAUUUAGGCUCACUUUUGCCUGCUUCAGGGUAGCAUUACAUUCUGUCUAAUGUAAGAAUCAGGGGAUUAAGACAAUUAAGACAAUGUGCAUUAACCUAAUUGUUUGGCAAGAGCACAUUGGAUUUCCCCACCCCAUUUCUGUGGAAUGGCUCUUUCUGGACCAGCUGUUGUCAGCAAAGGAAACUAAAGGUUAAAAAAAAAAGUUUUCCACAAAAUUAUAGGGCUAGAAAGGCUAGUGAGAUCCCAAUUUGGUGCUGUUGAUCCUUUUGCACACAUGUAACGAUCAGGAAUAGGGAGGGCAGUGAAGAGGAGAUGGAAAGGCAGCUGCUAUAGCGGUUUCUACUCUCCUAGGCGCUUCCUCUUCACGAGAGGUGUGAAAUCAGUUUCAAAUCCUGGACACUUCCCAGUAAGAAGUUCCCUUGCAGGAGCCUGAUGGGAAUGAAUGGAAGCUGCUCUCCUGCAGAGGUUGUGCAAGAGAAUGUCUCAAUAGAUUGUGGCCUCUAUCACCACCUUCUGAUUUGACAUCUCCUGACCCCCAUGAGCCAAUUAGUCACCCUGUAGGCAUUUUUAGACCAGCAAUACUUAUUGUUGGUACUGUACUGAGAAAUUAUUGAAGGCUUUAUUGCUUUAAAAAAAGAAGUUAACUUUCCAUAGUUCACAUAUGAAGAAUUGGUGCCAAUCCCUUGAAUUAGUCCAUUUGUCCAUUGCCCACUGCUUAAUAUGUUCAUAGAUUCUCUCAGCUUUGCAUUUCUGUCUGUAUAGUCAUAUUUAUUUGUAGUGAGCAAAAAUGGGGGAGGGAACAGCAGACUUUCACAUAUCUUGUCUUGAUUCCUUGAAAUAGAUGAGAUGGAAAUGAAGGAGUACCCAAAUUGUGUUCAGGGUGUGAGGACCAGUUCUCAUGGGGAGCCAGCUGCCAAAUUUAAGCCCUUUCAUAUUCCACUGCAUUAUAGUUUAACUCCCCUCAUUAAGGCCCACUGAUUAUUUCAAAUGGGGAGAGCCCAACAUGAAAUGAUAGAAUGGAAAGUGCCUAAACUGGGCAGGAUCACAGCUGGGUCCCUUCUUACCUUCUGAGGGGAUUGUGCCCCCCCCCCUGUUUUCCUUCCAUCUGCUGAAAAGGUAACAUGAGAACCCGGGCUAAGUGUUUCAUUCCCCUUGUCUUGAAACCUCUUCAGCCACUAUGAUGGCUGUGCAGCCUCCUUUUGGUUCAUGUAAACUUAUGAGUUCUGAUAUAUAUAUGUAUUGAUUUUAAUCUUGAGGUUCUGUUUCAUGUUUAGCUUAGCUGCGGUAUGCGAUUAAAGAAAAGGGCCUUUUAAUCUGCUGAA